AGCUAUUGAUCUCUCAACUUACAAUAUCCAUAAAAAGACGAUCAGUAAAUUGGGAGAGAAUCAAGCAUGGAUUUUGCUAUUUCAAUUGCAACUUCAAUUGUCGCAAAGAUUGCCGAGUAUACAGUGGCACCAGUCGGUCGACAAUUGGGUUAUCUAUUUUGCUACGCAGGGAAUGUAGAUUACCUCAAAACUCGAAUGCAAGAGCUGAAGAAUGCCAGAGAUAGAUUACAACAUCGUGUUGAGGAAGCCAAAAAUAAUUGUCAAGAAAUUGAAGCUGAUGUUCAAAGCUGGUUGAGCAGUGUUGAUCGGAUCUUUGAAGAGGCUGAGACAUUUCUUAACCAUGAAGGCCAUGCAAAGGCUGUGUGCUCUUGUGGAUCCCUCCCGCAUUUGCUGACGCAGCACCAACUGAGUAGGAAAGCAAAGAAGAUGUCUUUCGAUGUAUGCGCAAUCUUCAAAAACAGCAGUUUUGAUACGAUUUCUUAUCAUCCUCUGAUGGAAAGCUCCUUUGCAAUAACCAAAGGCUACGAGACUUUUGAUUCAAGGAGGGAAAUUCUGGAGGGCAUAAUGGCAGCUGUGAGAGAUGCUAAUAGGAGCAGGAUAGGCUUGUAUGGCAUGGGUGGAAUUGGCAAAACUAUGCUUGCCAAAGAAAUUGCUAAACAAGCUGAGAAAGUGGAGUUAUUUAGCAAGGUGGUUAUGACAACUAUUUCACAAACACCUAAUAUGAAAGAAAUUCAACAAGAUAUUGCUGAAAAGCUCCAGCUAAGUUUUGGGCAAACACAAAGUAUGGACGUACGAGCUGAUCUACUUCGAACGAGAUUGAAGCAGGAAAAUAAGAUUCUAUUAAUUCUCGACGACAUUUGGAAGGAACUCGAUCUAGAAGCUAUCGGAAUCCAUGAUGAGUGCAAGAUGCUACUAACCUUUAGAUAUCGAGAUGUUUUACACAACUUCAUGGGUAUUGCUGAGAGUAAUAUUUUCUUUAUUAACGUUAUAAACUCAAGGGAGGCUAUAAGUUUGUUUAAGAAAAUUAUUGGAGAUAUAGUUGAAACUCCAGAUUUCAAUUCUUUGGCCUAUUUGAUCGUCGGCGAAUGUGCAGGCUUACCAAUUGCCAUUGCAGCAGUGGCACAUGCUUUAAAAGGAAAAGUAUUGUCCACAUGGGAGGAUGCAUUGGAACACCUACGAAGCUCAAACUUUAGAGACAUAGAUGGAGUGGAUAUGAAGGUGUACUCAUGUAUAAGGAUGAGUUAUGAUUUUCUCGGAAGUCACGAGGAGGUGAAAUCAUUGUUAUUGCUUUGUGCUUUACAUAAAGAAGAUCAAGAAAUAGGAGUCGAGGACUUGGUGAGAUAUAGUGUGGGUUGGCGCUUGCUUCAAGGCAUCAACACGAUAAAAAAAGCAAGAAACAGGGUGAAUUCAUUGGUUGAUAAAUUGAAAUCUCACUGUCUCUUGUUGGAUGGUGAAAAUGAAAAUUAUGUGAAGAUGCAUGAUGUUAUUCGUGAUGUUUGCAUAGUUAUAGCAUCAGAAGAUAAGCAUAGGAUGAGUAACAUAAAAAGUGUUGAUGAUUUUGCUAGUCAUGAAGGAUAUAAAGCGGCUAAAGCAAUUUCCUUACUUGAAUAUGAUGAUUUUGGUAAGCUUCCUGAAAAUUGGAAUGUCCAAGGGCAAAAGAACUUUUUUGAACAAACAAGGGAGCUUGAAGCUUUGGGUAUGGAAGGUGCAUGUAUAAAAUCAUUACCGACAUCCUUUCAUUCCCUUCAAAAUCUCCAAACAUUAUGUCUAAGUUAUACCAAUCUACAAGACGUUUCCAUCAUUGGGGACUUGAAGAAUUUAAAAGUUCUUGAUCUAUCAUACUCUUCCAUAAAGCGGUUGCCAAAAGAAAUAGGAGAAUUAUGCCAUUUGCAAUUGUUGGAUUUACAAAAUUGUAGACAUUUAAAAGUCAUUGAGCCGAAUGUCAUUUCAAAUUUGAGACGAUUGGAGGAGCUCUAUAUCCCACAAACAUUCCAGGGAUGGGAGACUGAAGAAGGUGGUAUGAAAGAAAGAAGAAAUGCAAGUCUUAUUGAGAUAAAGAAUUUGCAACGGCUAAUAGUUUUAUAUUUAAGCGUAGAAAGUGAAAAAGUUUUACCAGAGGGGUUGUUUAGUGAAAAAUUGGAGAGAUACCAAAUAUCUAUUGGAGGAAUCCAUGACUUUGAUUAUUAUGCAUGUGGAUCUUCAAGGUGUUUGCACUUAAAUCUCUGUCAAAUGAAAGAAUUAAAUGCCCUUGGGCUUGUAUGGUUGAAGAAAAUGUCUGAAUAUUUAUCGUUAGAGAGAUUAAUGGAUGUCAACAAUUUUGUUCGUGAUCUCGAUAGAGAGAAUUUUCCUCGAUUGAAGCAUCUUAUGUUUCGUAAUAAUAAUGGAGUUCAGUACGUCAUUGAUUCUACAUACCUGAUUCACUCUCAUCACGCCUUUCCAUGUUUGGAGUCACUAGAUCUUGGAAAUUUAACAAGCUUGGAAAUGAUAUGCCAUGGUAAACUCCCAGUAGGCUCAUUCAAGGAAUUGAGAGAAGUGGAAGUGAGCAAUUGUGAUAGAUUGAAGAACCUGUUCCCUCUUUCUAUUGUCAAACUACUUCAUCAUGUUACCGUUAGUGAGUGUGAGAUGAUGGAAGAGAUAGUGACUAGUGGGAGAGAAGAUGAUGAAGCUACCGAUAAGAUCGAGUCUUUGCAAUUGCGCUUUUUGAGCCUAAAAUCUUUACCAAACUUUGUCCACUUCUAUUGCUCCCAACUAAAGGAAACUUGUGCGUCUUCAUUGAUAGAUUCUUCCAAGCCUUUAUUCAGUGGAACGGUUUCGCUUCCUGACUUGAAGGAACUGGAGAUUUUAAAAAUGAAUGUAGUAACAUUAUGGCCAGACCAACUUCCAUCAAAUUUUGACCUACAAAACUUAACAAGCUUAAUAGUAGAAAGCUACAACAAAAUAAAAUAUUUGUUUUGUUUCCCUAUGGUUGAAAGGCUUGUAAACCUGAAGAUACUUGAUGUAGAUGAUUGUUUGGUUGUGGAAGAAAUUCUAAUAAGUAGGAAACCAGGAGAAAAAAGAAUGUUGCAAGAGAAUAUUUUGUUAUCCAAACUAGAAACUCUUUGGCUCUCCAAACUUCCAGUUUUCAAAACAUUUUGUUCAGAAGAUUCUUGCAUCAAAGAAAUGUCAGUUGACGACGAUGAAGUGAAGGUCAUAGCAAAACAUCUCUUCAAUGGAAAUGUAAGUCAUUUAGAUUUUAUUGCAUUCCCCAAUGUAACUUCUUACAUCCACAACUUAAAAGAGUUACAGGUUACAACAUGUAACAAUUUAAAGUAUCUCUUAUCAUCUGCCAUGACACGAUGUCUUGUACAACUUAAGGACUUAACAAUAUCUGGAUGUAAGAUGAUAGAAGUGGUAAUAGUUCCUGAGGAAUCAGUUGGAAGCAAAGGCAUAAUAUUAGAAAAUCUCUUACUCCCCAAAUUAAAAUUUCUUGAGCUUUUGCAUCUGCCAAAUGUUAUACAAUUUUGCGAAGGAGAUUGCAUUGAAUGUCCAUCGUUGUCUCAUCUAAUCAUAAAGGAGUGUCCUAAAUUGAAGGUAUUUAUCAGCAACUCCAUGACUACAAGGACAUGUACUAUUAAUGACAAAAAGCAUGAAGAAAUAGAGCUGGUGGUGGCUAGACAAAGUCUGUUCAAAGAUAAUAAGGUCAUUUUUCCUAACCUAAAAGAUUUGACUACUGAUUGGAGUGAAGCAAUAGAGGAGAUAUUUGACAUGAGUCAAUCUUCAAUGAUGUCCAUCUUUGGCAACCUUUCCGAACUAGACUUGACCUACUCAUCCCCUGAGAAACCAAUUGCUCUAUCAAAUUUCAACUUCCUUCAGAAUUAUCAUAAUAUUGAUACACUUGUGUUGAGAGAUUUUUGUGUGGAUGGGCAUCAACAUCACCAACAACAACAACCUGGAGAUGGUGAGACUUAUGAACUGGUCAACACAAGUUUAAAGACACUGGGUAUUUACAAUGCUCGUAUGAUGAAUCAUCUGUUUGGAGACCCAGAAUAUGCUCAACCAACAAAUUCUUUUGUCUUUCAAAACUUGGAAUCUCUAUAUGUUCGGGAAUGUGGCAGAUUACAGAGCUUUGCACCAUCGUUUAUGUCUUUCCACAAAUUGAAAACUCUUAGAGUAUCAGAAUGCCAUGGGCUGACGUAUCUGUUCGCCUCCUCAACCGCAACGAGUCUAGUACAUCUCAAAAGAAUGAGCAUAACUAAUUGCAAACGAAUGAGGGAGAUUAUUAAUAGAGAUUAUUAUAAGGAAGGUCAAAUAGUAGAAAGUGAACACCAUGAGUUUGUUUUCCAGAAAUUGGAGAAAUUAAAGCUUCGUGAUUUACCCUGUCUUGAAAGCUUCUACUCUGAAUAA